CCACCACAAGAAUAUUCCAACCCAACCCAACCUUACAUACCUGCCAAAUUUUCAAAUUUAGUUAAUCUUAAUUAUCAUCACCAUCAACUAAAUUCUCUUAUAGUGCUUUAAACCACAACUCUCUCACAGUUUUCUUCUUCAAGCUGCCCCAUCAUUUUGGGUGCUUGAAACUGUUUAAAAGUUAAAGAAAUGUCUCUAUAUGGGGGUGUUUCAGCAUUAAAAUUAAGCUGGCAUAGUGAUAUUUUAGACACUAGGAAUUUGCAGUCAACCCUCAGGUGUGGUUAUGCUACAUGUUCUAAUCAAACCAAUGUACUAGCAUUUAGAGGUAGUGAAUCUAUGGGCCAUGCUUUGAGAAAUGCUUCUAAAACAAGAUACAGGAGUACUUCUAGUGGCCCUUUGAAGGUAGUUUGUGUGGACUAUCCUAGACCAGACAUUGAUAACACUGUGAAUUUCUUGGAGGCUGCCUACUUAUCGUCAUCCUUUCGCUCUUCUCCUCGUCCAGAUAAACCAUUGAAGGUUGUAAUCGCUGGUGCAGGAUUGGCUGGUUUGUCAACUGCGAAGUAUUUGGCAGAUGCAGGGCACAAGCCUAUAUUGCUGGAAGCAAGAGAUGUUCUAGGUGGAAAGGUGGCUGCAUGGAAAGAUGACGAUGGGGACUGGUAUGAGACAGGCUUGCAUAUAUUCUUUGGAGCAUACCCAAAUGUACAGUGCCUGUUUGGAGAACUUGGUAUAAAUGAUAGGUUACAGUGGAAGGAGCAUUCUAUGAUAUUUGCAAUGCCAAACAAGCCAGGAGAAUUUAGCCGAUUUGAUUUCCCAGAUGUUCUUCCUGCACCAUUAAAUGGGAUAUGGGCAAUUCUGAAAAACAAUGAGAUGCUGACUUGGCCAGAAAAAGUGAAAUUUGCAAUAGGCCUCCUGCCAGCAAUAGUUGGCGGACAGGCUUAUGUUGAGGCUCAAGAUGGGUUGAGUGUUCAAGAGUGGAUGAGAAAGCAGGGUGUGCCUGAUAGAGUGACAAAGGAGGUGUUUAUUGCCAUGUCAAAGGCUUUAAAUUUUAUCAACCCUGAGGAACUUUCAAUGCAAUGCAUAUUGAUCGCGUUGAACAGAUUUCUUCAGGAGAAACAUGGUUCAAAGAUGGCUUUCUUAGAUGGAAACCCCCCAGAGAGACUCUGUAUGCCAAUUGUUGAGCACAUUCAGUCUCUGGGUGGUGAAGUCAGGCUAAAUUCACGAAUCAAGAAAAUUGAAUUAAAUGAUGACGGAACAGUGAAGAACUUUUUACUAACUAGUGGGGAUAUAAUUGAAGGGGAUGUACAUGUCUUUGCCACUCCAGUUGAUAUCCUGAAGCUUCUUUUGCCUGAUAGCUGGAAAGAGAUUCCAUACUUCAAGAAACUGGAGAAAUUGGUUGGAGUUCCUGUCAUUAAUGUCCACAUAUGGUUUGACAGGAAACUAAAGAAUACAUAUGAUCACCUACUUUUUAGCAGAAGCCCCCUUCUUAGUGUUUAUGCUGAUAUGUCGGUUACAUGCAAGGAAUAUUAUAAUCCAAAUCAAUCUAUGCUGGAGUUAGUUUUUGCACCUGCAGAAGAAUGGAUAUCCCGCAGCGAUGAAGAAAUCAUUGAUGCUACAAUGACGGAACUAGCAAAACUCUUCCCUGAUGAAAUAUCUGCAGAUCAAAGCAAAGCGAAAAUCUUGAAAUAUCAUGUUGUCAAAACACCCAGGUCUGUUUACAAAACUGUCCCGAACUGUGAACCUUGCCGUCCCUUGCAAAGAUCUCCCUUAGAGGGCUUCUAUUUAGCUGGUGACUACACAAAACAAAAAUAUUUGGCUUCAAUGGAAGGUGCUGUUCUUUCUGGGAAGUUUUGUGCACAGGCCAUCGUCCAGGAUUAUGAGUUGCUGGCCGCUCGAGGGCAAAAAAAGCUGGCUGAGUUAACAAUUAGUUAACCAUGUCAACAAAGCUUCAGUGAUGUUACGAUUUUUUUUAAUAUGUAUGCUGCAAUUUGUAUAGAGUGAAUAUUCUCAUUUAAUGGAUUUGAACUCCUUCCUUGCAAAUUCACUACCAUUAUUAUUGGCUGUGAAAGUGCAUGCGAUUGGCUA